AUGUUGCUCUCGCUUCCCCCUGAGUUGAUUCAGCUCAUCUUGCGGAGUUGCGAGGCCUCAGCUUUCUUGCAAGCUGCGUACAGCUGCCAUGCUUUAUUUAACCUUGCUUCGUCAAGUCGGGAUCUCGUUCUGUUCCAGCUCAGCCAGACACCUGGAGACGCUGGGGACUGGGGACCUCUCACAACAAAACAGCUGUUCCAGAUUCUUCUACAGCGCUGUCAACGGCAGCUGUUUGGUGUCGAAUACCAAUAUGAAGGCAAAAUGAUCGAAUUCAAGGGCAAAGUACUUGAUACCAGAGCAUCUUCAUUUAUACAUGCAGAAGACGCCAAGCACUCCCUGCUAGUUUUCAAAGAUGACCCUACGGUUUAUCUUGUGGGUAUUCACAACGGAGUAUUAUCUCUUCAACACCGAUUUAAUACCCCUGCGAGCAAAUUUGGGGAUGUUCAAAUUCUUCACACGGUUUUUGAUGACCCGGAAGUCUAUGUUCUGCAUCGUUUCCGGCCUAACUUUGAUCAGGACUUAGAUAUGAGCCAUCCAUUUGUAAAGAGGGCGAUACAGUCUAGUCCUCAUGGGAAGAUUUAUCUGAGCUGUCAUAGGCUAGAUCAUGGAAGCAGUGGUGUUCAUGAAAUUGCGCCUGAAAGCACGAUCGUGGAAGUCUACGGAUUUCCAGAACAAAAUAGUCACGAGCCUUUAAGUCUCGCUGUACAUGGAGACCAUUUCGCGAUAUCAUGGCAGCAUAUGCAGCAUUCUCAUGAUCAUCAAGUGGUUCUUUAUACCGCGCAAAAUUCUGAGGACGAUGAAGAGAAAUAUGAUUACCUACGGACAGAUGCAAACUGGAAGGAUCAAUCGGCGCAUAUCGUUGUCUCCAAAUACUCCUCAUGUGUUUUGACAGACACCACCGAUAAUAGUGAUGGUGACCGCGAAUCUGACGGGAGAGGUGCCCCGGUUAAAAUCGCAUUCAACGAUGAAGGCCAACAACUACUAUACCAUUACAGGGCAAAGACGCUCUAUGAUUCCUUCCAUAGACUUCAGUGGACUCCCCCUGUCGGCCAGUUAUAUCCACCUGCGAGCGAGAACGGCUGUCGCGUAACAUUCAGAAGCGACCUUUCGCUUCGUUUCUCAAUCGGGAUCCCCUUCUUCGGUACCCAUCAAGCAGGCGAUGGAACGCUCGGAUCUCGCUGUCGCUGGCGGUACUUUGCGGUCGGGAUAGCGACUCAUAGAAUAGAGCACUGGUCUGUAGCCUGUCUGCUCAGAUCCGAGGCUUUCCCCGGAUUCAACCGCUGUGGUCACGAGUUGAAUCUCGAGCGAGGAAGACGGUUCAAUGAAUGGCAGAUAAUGGCACAGUUAGGAGGGUUCCAAGAGAAUAGCACCUCACUCGGAUCUCUGAUUGCAUAUUCCAAUCAAAAGACUCGGGUUGCGAUGGCUAGCUGGAAGACUAUAUCUGUCUGGGCUCUGGAGCCAAAUCUGUUAAUCGAAGGUGAUGAUGAUGGCUUUUAUCCUGAAUCAUGGCAGACACCAGGGGGGUAUCCGGAACUUCGACCGGCAAUAAUCCACUUGAAUGCGGUUUGUUCUCAAUUGCAGUUCACUGAGAAGGAGAAUGAGCUAGUUGCGAUUACGGAUCGAGGCCUUAUGCUUCUUCAUUUGAAACCUGAUGGGCGAAGUAUUCAAGCUUUCGAAAAGCAUGAAAUCGACAUUCCGAAGUCUGAGGGAUGA